CCCACCCCGCUGGACUGGGAACACCGGGACGUCGUGGUACCUCACCCCACGCGGCACUGGCAGCAGUGGGAAAACCGCGAUUUCCCACCCCGCUGGACCGGGAACACCGGGACGUCGUGGUACCUCACCGCACACGGCACUGGGAGCAGUGGGAAAGCCGCGAUUUCCCACCCCGCUGGACUGGGAGCACCGGGAGCGCCGAAGCUGUGGGAUCCGGCCUUUCGCUGCACCGGGAACACCGCGACAUCCCAAACCGCCCUGCACGGGGAGAGCCAGGAACCCCAAAGCUCCGGCGCCCGGCCCUUCCCAGCCCCGGGACGCCCGGAGCUGCAGCGCCCGGCCCUUCCCAGCGCCAUGAGCCCCGCGAACGCCGCCGCCCCGGCCCCGCCGCCGCCGCCGCCGCGCCGGGAGCCCGCGGGCCCCUUCGACAUGUGGCGGGACUACCUGGGGCUGGCGGCGCUGGUGGCCGCGCUGCCGCGGGACCCCCCCGGGGACGCCCCCCCGGCCGCGACCCCCGGGCCGCCCUGCGCGUUCUGCCGGCACAACGGGGAGGCCCCCGCCGUGUACCGCGGGCACAGCCUGCGGGACGCGGGCGGGCGCCUGCAGUGCCCGGUGCUGCGCAGCUACGUGUGCCCGCAGUGCGGGGCCACGCAGGACCGCGCCCACACCCGCCGCUUCUGCCCCCUCACCCGCCGCGGCUACACCUCGGUGUACGUCCGGCAGCGGCCCGGGGACGCCGCGGGCGCCGGGGCCAAGCGGGCGGCGAAGGGCGGCAAGAAGUAGCCGAGCAACGGACCGAGGGUCCCGUGUCCCCACGCAGGGCCUCGCUCUGAGGAUGAAACCCCGGCACGGCGCUUCCUGGUGGCACCAGCGCCCAUGACAGACGCCGUGGGAUCCCGGGAAAGGCCGGUUUGGCCGGAUCUGGGCGCUGCCAGCGGCUUCAGUUCUGAGUUUUGGGUUGUUUUGUUGAGUUUUGGUUAAUCCCAGGCCAGGAAGGGGAUAGUGCUCCAGGUGUGGAGCACCAGACGGUUUGGGUUGUUUUGUGGGGUUUUGGUUAAUUCCAGGCUGGCAAUGGGCCAGUGCUCCAUGUGCUGGAGCUGUUCUCCAGGUGCUGGAGCUGUUACCAGAUGGUUUGGGUUGUUUUGUGGGGUUUUGGCUAAUCCCAGGCCAGGAAGGGGUCAGUGCUCCAGGUAUGGAGCCGCUACUGGAUAGUUUGGGUUGGUUUGUGGGGUUUUGGUUAAUGCCAGGCCUGGAGGGGGCCAGGAAGGGCUGGUGGUCUGGGUACCGGAGCCGCUCUCCAAGCAUCAGAGUUGUUCCCAAGAGCUUUGGGUGGAUUUCUCAGGUUCUGCUCACCCAGGAGAGCGGGCAGGGUGCCUGCCUUCCGUGUGCCAGAGCCGUUCCCUGGUUGGAGGAGUGUUUAUUCCAUGAAUAAAGGGCUGU